GCUUAAAUGAGCCUGGGCUCCCAGCGCCCGCCACUUCGGAGGGGUCCGCGCCGCGGCCGCAGGCGGGGCGGCCAGCGUCGGUGCCGUGCCUCUCGCCAGCGCGCCUCGCCUCCGGGGCGGUCAAUGGGACGGAGCGUCACGGAGCAGAAGGUGCCGCCCGUCGGGGGGCUCGGGCAGCGCGUGAGCCCGCCGGGGUGCUCGAGCAUGGCGGGCCGCAGGACCUGAGCCGUGCCCCGCGGGGAGGUAUCCUGGUGGCCAGCGAUGGGGACCGAGCGGGACUGCCGCCGCACCGGGCCGUGAGGGCCGCCGCCGCCGCCUCCUCCUAGCCGCCGCCUCGGCCCCUCGCGAAGCGCCGGGCCGCUCGGGAAUAUGGCCCUGGAGCAGCUCUGCGCGGUCCUCAAAGUGUUGUUAAUAACAAUACUUGUAGUCGAAGGGAUUGCUGUGGCCCAAAAGACCCAAGAUGGACAAAAUAUUGGAAUCAAGCAUGUUCCUGCAACCCAGUGUGGCAUUUGGGUUCGAACCAGCAAUGGAGGUCAUUUUGCUUCACCAAAUUAUCCUGACUCUUAUCCACCAAACAAGGAGUGUAUCUACAUUUUGGAAGCUGCUCCACGUCAAAGAAUAGAGUUGACCUUUGAUGAACAUUAUUAUAUAGAACCAUCAUUUGAAUGUCGGUUUGACCACUUGGAAGUUCGAGAUGGGCCAUUUGGUUUCUCUCCACUUAUAGAUCGAUAUUGUGGUGUGAAAAGCCCUCCACUAAUUAGAUCAACAGGGAGGUUUAUGUGGAUUAAGUUUAGUUCUGAUGAAGAACUUGAAGGACUGGGAUUUCGAGCAAAAUAUUCAUUUAUUCCAGAUCCAGACUUUACUUACCUAGGAGGUAUUUUAAAUCCUAUCCCAGAUUGCCAGUUUGAGCUCUCGGGAGCUGAUGGAAUAGUGCGUUCUAGUCAGGUAGAACAAGAAGAGAAAACAAAACCUGGCCAAGCAGUUGAUUGCAUAUGGACAAUUAAAGCUACUCCAAAAGCCAAGAUUUAUUUGAGGUUCCUAGAUUAUCAAAUGGAGCACUCAAAUGAAUGCAAGAGAAAUUUCGUUGCAGUUUAUGAUGGAAGCAGUUCUAUUGAAAACCUGAAGGCCAAGUUUUGCAGCACUGUGGCCAAUGAUGUCAUGCUGAAAACAGGAGUUGGAGUGAUCCGAAUGUGGGCAGAUGAAGGUAGUCGGCUAAGCAGGUUCAGAAUGCUCUUUACUUCCUUUGUGGAGCCUCCCUGCACAGGUAGCACUUUCUUUUGCCACAGCAACAUGUGCAUCAAUAAUUCUUUAGUCUGUAAUGGUGUUCAGAACUGUGCAUACCCUUGGGAUGAAAAUCAUUGUAAAGAAAAGAAAAAAGCAGGACUAUUUGAACAAAUCACUAAAACUCAUGGAACAAUUAUUGGCAUUACAUCAGGGAUUGUCUUGGUCCUUCUCAUUAUUUCUAUUUUAGUACAAGUGAAACAGCCUCGAAAAAAGGUCAUGGCUUGCAAAACUGCUUUUAAUAAAACUGGAUUUCAGGAAGUGUUUGAUCCUCCUCAUUAUGAACUGUUUUCACUAAGGGACAAAGAGAUUUCUGCAGACCUAGCCGACCUGUCAGAAGAACUGGACAACUACCAGAAGAUGCGGCGCUCCUCCACCGCCUCCCGGUGCAUUCAUGACCAUCACUGCGGAUCGCAAGCAUCCAGUGUCAAACAAAGCAGGACCAACCUGAGUUCCAUGGAACUGCCUUUCCGAAAUGAUUUUGCACAACCACAGCCAAUGAAAACAUUUAAUAGCACCUUCAAAAAGAGUAGCUACACUUUCAAACAGGCACAUGAGUGCCCUGAACAGGCCCUAGAAGACAGAGUAAUGGAGGAGAUUCCUUGUGAAAUUUAUGUCAGGGGGCGAGAUGAUUCUGCACAAGCAUCCAUAUCCAUCGAUUUUUAAUCUUCUACAAAAGGAGACAUUAAUUAUUAAGUAUGUACGUAUGCAGCCUACAGAGCACCCAUUCUCUCCAGCAGCCAACCCUUUUCUCCUGUCGAAACUAGGAAGACCUUCGUUUCCCAUUAAUCUAUUGUAAUGGUGAAGUUUUUAUUAUCUCAGGCAGUCUAUAUGUUAAGCCAACCAAGGAACUUACUCCAUUCAGUGAAAAAAAUAAUAAUCAUUUAUUGCUUGAUGUCACAUAAACAAAGUACCAGUUAAAUAGCAUUUAAAGAGUGAAGUAGUUCUGCUGAGCCAGGCUCAGGCUGCUUCAGGAAUACUGCUCUUGAUUGAUACAGUUUGUCAAUAUUGUGAUCCCACAAUAAGUUUAAAAAUAAGAUUUUUCUUUACAUUCCUUUUGUUUUUCUUUUCUCUAAAUUUAAUUUGUUUUAUAAGUUUGUGAUUUUACCAUUUUGGUUUCUUGCUAAAUAUAAGUGGUUAUCAUAGCACACAUAUUUCAAUACAGGCAUUUGUUCUAGAAUUUUUCAAAAUAUAACUAGUUACUGUGGUAAGUGCCAAUUAAGACCCGGAGUUCUGUUUCGCCCAUCUGUUUCUUGACUAAUUUCUAUACUGCUGCCUUUUAGUUACUGGAUUUUUAGUCUUUAUUUUUUCUGAAUGGUAAAUGAUAUGAUUUAUCGCCUUUAGGUCCUAUCUUGUCUUACUUAUACUAGAAGAAUUCAUAAUCCUAGGAUGUAUGCACCCUUGCCAGUUAUGACUAAAAACUUAAGGAUUAAAAUUUCUGAAAAUCCUUUGAAAUUUCCCAAAUUUGGUCACAUUCAGUGAUAGCCCAUUCAUUCCUGUGAGCAAAGUCAUUUAAUUCAUUUUGGAAGAAGCCUGUAAUUAUGUUUAUUUCCAGCAUUUCUCACCACCAGAUUUGUGUUCCCUGUUAUUUUUAUAAGAAGAUGAUUUUGCUCCCUUUAUAUUGGUUUAUCUUAUAGCGUAUGGUAACCAAGGUUGUGUGAGAGUAAAAGGAGAAUUCCUAAGAAACUGUAAAAGCCCUCAGAUGGCUUCGUACUUGGGAUAGUACAUUUUUCUAGUUCUUACCAAGAAUAACAACUUCCACUUUUUUUUAAACUGCACUUUUGACCUUAUGUUUUUUAUGGUAUAUAAACAAUAAUUUAUAAACAUGAUAUAAAAACUCAUUGUGUUUUUUUAGACUUUUGAUAUUAUUUGAUACUGUACAAAACUUUAUUAAAUCAAGAUUAAAGACCUACAUGACGGAUUUA